AUGCUAGCGCCGGCUCCGGAGGGCCCGGCUACGACAGCACGGACCCCGCAGAGAUCGGUCACGCCGGGUCACGCCGGCUCGGGCCCCGGAGAUCCUGGCCACGCCGUGCCACGCCAGCGCGGGGCACGGAGAGCCCGGCCACGCCGGGUCACGCCAGCGCGGGCUGCGGAGAGCCCGGCCGCGCGAGCGUGGGCUCCGAAGAGCCCGGCCAGGCCGAGCGACACCAGCGCGGGACCCGCAGAGCCCGGCCUCGCCAGCGCGGGCUCCGGGAAGCCCGGCCACGCCGGGCCACCGCGGGGCACGGAGAGCCCGGCCACGCCGGGUCACGCCAGCGCGGGCUGCGGAGAGCCAGGCCACGCCAGCGCGGGCCCUGGGGUGCCCGGCCACGCCAGGCCACGCCAGCGCGGGCUCCUGAGGGCACGGCCACGCCGUGUCACUCAAGCGCGUGCGCCGGAGAGCCCGGCCCCGCCGGGUCACGCCAGCGCGGGCUGCGGAGAGCCAGGCCACGCCAGCGCGGGCCCAGGAGAGCCCGGCCACGCCGGGCCACGCCAGCGCGGGCUCCUUAGGGCACGGCCCCGCCGGGUCACUCCAGCGCGUGCGCCGAAGAGCCCGGCCACGCCAGGUCACGCCAGCGCGGGCUCCUGA